AUGGUUGAUGUUGAUGUUGACAAUGGCAAAGAUUCUGAUUCCGUGCUGAGACAAGGCAAACGAGCACAGUUUCAAUUCCUCAAAAAAAAAAGAUUUUCCAUUAAUAUGGAACAGCAGCCCGUAGAAAUAAAAUGUAUUUCCAGUUGUCCCGAAAUUGAUACUCAAAACCAGUGUUCUGAGGUCUCCCGCAUCAAUAUAAAACAUUGGGAGAAAAUGGAUCCUGAGUCUUGUUUUUUUCCUUGGGCCACAAGGCCACAGCCAACGGACAGAACCCUCUCUCUGGAAGGGUUGGAGUUUUCUUCAGAAGAAUGUGAAAAAGAAACGUUAUGCUCAUGUGGCUGUGCUGUUUUUGCUUCUGAUCCACUUCUGGUUGGGACCACAACAGAAGGAGCACUAUGUGCCAAGCUAUUUCUCACUGUUUCAGCUAUUGCUAUGGUAAAAAGAAAGAUGCUAGGGGAAGACUCUGGAGCCCAUCAGAUUGGCAGAAUCGAUGGGAAAGCUGGGAUGUGGAGCAGUCAAUUGAUUUGCUCAAGGCCACAAGAAAGUCAGCUGCUACAACUCCAGAUAAUCCAAUACACUCUCCUUUGGGAGACAAUAGAGAAUUAA